AUGGACGACAAUUCAGUGACCAUAACGAUCGACAAUGACGGCUUCACUGAGAUUGUGUUUGCGUCCAAGUUAGACCUGGAGAGAUGCCAGUAUUUUAGAGAUCGGAUCUUACAAUUAGAAAAGCAUCCGGAAGAAGAAACACUGUACAUCGAGGACGUUGAUCCUGAUGCUUUUCACAAUUUCCUCAAAUGCCUGAAGAAGAAUCUGGUGAAAAGUACGAAGUUCGAUGCUCUGAUACCUCUGGCUACCUUGGCCGAGCGCUUCGGUGCAGAGGAGCUGGGUAAUUUAUGCGUUAAAGAGCUGACAAAAAACUUGUCCGAGAACAACAUCUGGCAAACUUACAACGAAUAUCUCAAUAGCAAAUAUAUUACGCUUGCCUGCGAAGAGGUGCUCAUGAGUAACACAGAAGAGUUCCUCAACAGUCCGAAGUUUUUGGAUAUUGAUCCUGAAACUCUGUCCCACUUCCUUUCACUUAAGAAGUUGGACAUGGUGGACAAAUCUCUUCUGGUCUACUGCUGCGAUAAAUACACCUGGAAGAAUACAUCUAAAGAUUCAUUACCCCUGAAGGAACAGAGGAAGCUGACAGGUGUGAAAUUGGAUGCUCUGAUACCUCUAACUGCCUCGGCUGAGCGGUUCGAUGCGGAGUUGCUGGGAAGGUUUUGCAUCGACGAGCUAAAGAAAAACUUGUCCAUACACAACAUCUGGGAAAUUUACAACGAACAUCUCGAGAGCAGAUAUAUUACGAUUGCCUGCCUAGAGGUACUCAACACAAAUACAGAAGAAUUUCUGAAGAGUCCGCGGUUUUUGGAUAUUGAUCUUGAAACACUAUGCGACUUCUUGUCAUUUAUGAAGACGGGUCUAGCGAACGAAGCUGUUCUGGUCGACUACUGCGAUAAAUACGCCUCGACGAAGAAACACGGAGAUUCGGUGUAUGCAUAA